ACAGUCUCGUGGCGCGCGCACCAGAGUGGGAGAGGCAGCAGGGGAGGACGCCAGAGAUGGACGCGCUGCACGACGCGGCGGGCCGCGGCGACGCCCCCGCCGUGCUCGCGCUGCUGGGGGCCGGGGUGGACGCCGACCAGCCCGACUGGGCGCGCUCCGGGGACCCGCCCCUGCUGCGCGCCGCCGCCGCCGGCAGCGCUGACGUCGUCAGGGCGCUGUGCGCGAGCGGCUGCGACGUGGACUGCCGCACGGCACGCGGCGAGACGGCGCUGCACCUGGUGGUGACGGGCAGCCGCGCGCGAGACCCCCUGCCCCUGGUGCGCGCGCUGCUGGAGGCGGGGUGCGACCCCUCGGCCCGGGAGAAGCUGCACGGCCGCUCCCCCCUCCACGUGCUGGCCGCGGCCCAGCCCCUGCGCGGCGGAGCGCUCGAGGCCUUCAGCCUGCUGGCCGCCGCCUGCCCCUGCCUGGACCUGAGGGACCACCGCCUGCGCACUCCGCUGCACCGCCUGGCCGCCGCCGGCUGUGUCUCCCCGGAGCCCUUCCAGGUGUUGCUGCGGCGCGGGGCGGACCCCAGCCUGCAGAACGACCGCGGGGAGACGGCCCUGCAAGAGGCCCUGGAGAGGGACGCCCCCGAGGGGUUGGAGGUACAGCUGCUGCUGAUAGCCGCCGGCACGGAUCUGGCGGCCAGCACCGUCUACCGCGAGACGGCCCUCCACAUAGCGGCCAGGAAGAACCGCGCGGCGGUGGCGGCGGCGCUGCUGCAGCGAGGGGCCCCCGCGGACGCCCGCGACCUGCACGGCAACACGGCGCUGCACCAGGCCGCGGGGCGCGGCUACCUGGAGGUGGUGCGCUGCCUGCUGGCGGGACCGGGCCUCGACCUGAACGCUGCCAACCGCGACGGCCUCACGGCGCUGCACGUCGCCGUCGACAGCGGCUUCAUCGCCGUCGUGCAGGUGCUGCUGGCGGCCGAGGGCUGCGACGUGAACGCCCGCACGGCGGCCAGCAUGACCGCGCUCGACCUGGCACAGCAGGAGUUCCGCUCGCGCGCACAGCCGGAGAUGACGCUGGUGCUGUCCCGCGAGGUGGAGCGGCGGCGCUCGCGCGGCCCGGACGCUCACAGCUCCUGAGGCCGAGCGGCUGGGACUCGGCUGCGAACGGCCACCGACACACACUGAGCGCAGCGCUCAGCAGUGGCCGCGGGGUCCCGAGCAAGACCACACUACCCGCGUCCAGCGAGCGUGCCGUUCGUAGUCGAGACGAGCGUCGAGUUUCAUCAAAAAUAAGUAGCUUGGCUUCUGGGUCGUAGCCGUGUCCAAGGCGAAUAAUUCACCAGAUGUUUCGGUCGACAUUGCAGUCGCCAUCGUCAGGGAGCAGUUACACUAGUACUAGUAGGUAACUGCUCCCUGAUGAUGGCGACUGCAACGUCGACCGAAACAUCGGUUAAUAAUUCGUCAAGGACGCGGCUACAACCCAGAAGCCAAGCUACUUCGGACAAUGGCCGUGAAAGCCUGCGAUCAUUUUUUUUAAAAAAAUAUAUCGGAAAAUACGUUUCUUUAAUUUGUACAGUUAAGUUUGUCAAUCAUGCUUAGGAAGGAUAUUUAAGGUGUCCUCUGAUUCUUGUUUUGCUUCAGUGGCCGAAUGUAUGAUCUCAUACAAAAAAUGUGUGCGCCAUCCUUCAAGAAGCUAGACAUUUCGUUUUUGAGUUUCUAUUCGGCUUCAUACUGUCACUACUCUUUAAGGUUUGCCACGCCCACAGUUAUUAUUUUUAGUUUUUAUGUGGCUAAUUUCAGAUUUUCAAAAAGAUUGUUUUGAAAAUGAGAUCAUAGAAGCUAUUCUGUAUCAAGCUGUGAAAAUCCAGAAUAUGAGCUUCCUGGGAGCGGUAAAGUCACAGUUGGCAAGGCAAAAAUAUAUUAUUAUUAAUAUUUUCCACACUUUUGACAAAUAGCAGACAACAACUUGCAUAAAUCUGGUAGCAAAAUUUGCUACAAAACACAAAUUGUAAUGUUUUUAUUGUGAAACGUUUGUGAAAUAAGUCCCAUUCACAAUCCAACGUGAGUGGUGAAGAGUUUUAAUAAGCAGCUGAUUCAGAUGACUCGCAUGAUAAUAUCUCUGUAAAGCUGGCUUAGCAGGCAAUACUCUUGAGUAAUACUCAUUCAGGAAUGUGUUUUUCCACUAACAAACAAGACUUGUACCAGUUUUAAAGAAAAUGUUUCAUGUUGUAAUUAAGACAGUGGCCUAAUUCUUGUUAUUGGGAGUUUGUAUUUUACAGAAUGAUUUACAAUUUGAAUAAAAAUUGUAUUAUUUUGUUA